AUGGUCACUAGAAAGAAACUAGCUAAUGAGAUUGCUAAUGCUUGUUAUCUUUCUUUAGUGGAGCCAAAAUCAGUUAAGGACGCCCUUAAAGCCGAGCACUGGAUAUCUGCCAUGCAAGAUGAGCUUCAACAGUUUGAGAGGAAUGAAGUGUGGAUUCUUGUUCCUCGUCCUUUGGGUGCCAACAUCAUUGGUACUAAGCGGAUAUUCAGAAAUAAGAAUGAUGACGUGGGAAAUGUGGUGAGCAACAAGGCAAGAUUAGUUGCUCAAGGGUAUACACAGAUUAAGGGAGUGGAUUUUGAGGAAACCUUUGCUCCGGUGGCUAGAUUGGAAUCCAUAAAAAUUUUGUUGGUUGUAGCGUGCAACAUGAAGUUCAAGUUGUAUAAAAUUGAUGUCAAGAUGUAA